AUUUACAUCCAUAAUUUAAAGCAAUACAUUUUUUCAGUGGGUUUCAUUAAGAUUUUUUUUAUUAUCUUGUUUUGCCAAGAAUCUGUACAGAUUGGUCUGCCUUCAGGUUCAACAGAUUUUAACCCAGCCCACUCUUUUUUUUGUGUGUUUCUUUUAACUUUUAAAUCUUGUCAGUGGGAUAAGUUUACAUUUUCCGACAGUGAUGGCUUCCGAUUCUGCGUUGGGUUGCAGUAUGACUGUUUAUCAACCCCCACAUCACUGCAGGCCCACCAUUGGCAAGUUCAUCAAAAAGAAAGUCUUUUCUCAGGACAACAAGCCUAUUUACAAGUGUAGGAAGGUGUGGCGUGAGGAUGGCGGGAGGGUGGAAGAGUGGCGACACGCGAACCUGUGGCAGGAACUGUACACUCGGCACCAAGACAACCUGUCUAGAGGCUUCUUCACGCCGUUCGCCCACCAGUACCGGGCCACCGGAGAGGUCAUCCUCGACACCAAGGAGCUCCUCUUUCAGACACUCGAGAACUCCAUGGUCACAAAGAAAUAUCAGAUACAUUCGUUCAUACCAGAAAGUGAGCAAGAAGCUGUGCCUCCUGUUGAAGAACCUUCAAAGUUUCCUGAGUUAAUUGACAUUGCUGACAACGAUGAACGUUCCGAUGGGGGAAUGGAGAAAAUACAGCAGGCCAUCAAGAGAUCAAGGAACAGGAUUCGCGACGUGAAGGCUGGCAAAAUCUACGACAGUACGUUCUUUGAAGAGAAGAAACCAGUGGAGGAGCUUGAGCCGACAAUGGUGCUGAUUUCACUGUCUGACCUGGACCUGUUGUGCACCAUACACACUCAGCUGGAGCCCCUGGAACAGGGAGAGGCGGCAGUAGAGAUGGCGGGGGCCUCUUCAUCCAAAGAGUCAGUCUCCAGCCAAGAACAGAGUGAAGAGAAUGCUUCGGAUGAGACGUCACCAGAUGAAGCAAAUCUCACAGUUCAAUUUGAUGAGACGGAUCUGGCCAUCCCGACAUUGAAGCAGUUUGACCCUGCUUUUGAAACUUUAGCAAUGAAAGAACGAUUAAAACGAGACCAGAUGCACUUUCUACAGUGUAUAUACGACAUCAUAAUUCUCUUGAGAAAUAUUAACAAUAGACAUCUCAGAAAUAAGAAACCCAUUCCCCGCAGGAUACUGAGAGAACUGAAAAAGACUUACAUGUCUCGUCACACUCAAAUUCGUUUUUCUAAGAUGCAGUCCCAGCGGUUAUCUGGUGGAGACCCGUCAUCAUCGUCCACCCUGGACAACUCGCGGCGCGACAAUGCACGCCCCUCGGUCUUCUGUGGACCCCCCAAGUGCAGGCGAUCCAUUCACUUCAUCGGUGCAGGAAGCAAAGAAAAACAGUCUCAUAAGUCAUGUUCAGCUGAUCAGCCCGUUAAGAUAGAAACCUGGGAUGACUUGGUGUCUACAUCCGUGCAGUCUGAUCUCACCGUUGGACAGUCACAAACCCAGAUACAGUACUCGACUUUGAGAGCAAUGGCAAGAGGGAGUAUGCAUCGAAAUAUCUCAGAAUCACCUGAGGAAAAAGGUUUGCCUAUCUGGUUGAAAAUAGCCAGUGAAAAAUCCACAAGUGUCGUCGACAAAGGAAAACCCAAACCAGACAAUAGGAUAAGAAUAGUUGAGAAUGCUCAAAUUAACUUCAACAAAAUUAAGCAGAACGAAGCGAGAGAAGUUGAAAAUGAACUGUCAAGCCUGGAAAGAGAGAGGUUUAUGAAGUUCAAGGUCAAGCUGCAAUGCUUCGAUUACCUCCACUCUGGAGAACUCCUUGCACAGCGGCAACAGAAAAUGGAAGAAGAAGCUAAUUUCAUCACCUCGUGUCCAGAUGCGGAAAUUCCACCUUCAAAAUGGUUUGAGGAACUGAAGGAGCGCACCCUCGCAAUUGUUGGCAAAGAUGACAGUGAAGUUAAUGCACAGCUUGCUAAAGUCGGAGGUUACUCUGCGAUGUCACCCAAAACUGUCAACUACUGCAAGGCUAAACUUUGUCUUCUGGUGAUGUCACUUCCUGCUUAUGAAUUACUGUGUAUCUCAAUGCAAUUAGCUCUCAAAUUUGUGUUGGAAAAGAUACUGCUGGGUGAAGCGAAACAGUUAGUGCAGUGGAUAAUGUUACGUAAACUCCCAUUUGUUAUCAUACAGCACCAUUUGUAAUCGUAAACGGGUUUUUUGAAGACGGGUUUUAAGGUUUAUGUGAUGUCAUAAUUAUAACUUAAACAUGUGUAAUGUUUACUCGUUUCAAUACCAGAUCAAUGCCUUAAAUAUUUGUAAACCAAUAUUGAAUUGUGCCCCUCCCAGAACUGUUUUUUAUGUUCAACACUUAAUACUUCCCGACAUUUACAGUAGGAGCUUAUAUUUUAUAACUAUUAGAAAUCCUAUUCGACUAGAACUAUUUGAUUAUGUAAUGAAUAUUUUAGGUAAAUCUUCACCCCAACCCAUUCCAGAAAACACCUGUGCAUCAUGCCAAGGGCUAUGGGUUCAAAUCCCAGCUUAGAUUGUUAAUUUGUGUAAAACAUAAUGUAUGGGUGUGGGAAGAAAUCUUUCCAUAUUUAAUAGCAGUGAUUAUUCCACAGUACACAUGUAUGCGUCUAGCAUUUAAUACUUAAUGUUGCAUUAGAAUUGUGCCUUACUUGUGUCUAAUAUUUAAUACUUCAUGUACUAUUAGAAUUGGGCCUUACUUGUGUCUAAUAUUUAAUGUUCUUCCUUAGAGAAUUUAAGAUUUCAUUGCAUGCUAGAACUGCCUUAUGUACAUGCAUCUCAUAUUUGAUAUUUUAUUUCAGGUAAUUAUCAUCACACAUUUUGUGAUACCAUGUGCUUUCUAUCAAAAUUUACAUCUACAGUCCUGUUAUACUACAUGCUGACAUUGCUUUUGACCAUGAAAUUUUAAUGCAUAAUAGUAUUGAAUUUUAUUUUUUCAAAUAUGAAUAAACAUUAUACAUUUAAUAAUAUGCAAAUAACUGAUUUAUUCUAUAAACUGAUAUACAAUAAAGUGGAUUCGACUGUA